UACCUAUCUGUAGUGUUUUUUCCUUUUUUGUAAUUUUAAAGAUAUUGCUUUCAGAUCUAUUUUUAUCUAUAUUUCUUGUAUUGAUUUAUAUAAUUUACAAAACAUCAAGAUUCACACAUGAAUGUAAACUUGUGUAGCUGUAGGUUAUGUUAGCAUUGUUCAUCCAACACGUUAUAACUACAAAAUAUAUUUAAAGAUUUGUACACUUGAUCCUAUUCAUUUUUCUGCAUUUUAAAAACUAUUUAUUUUAAUGGUAAAUUGUCUCAGGGGCGUGAUAAGUUGAAAUGACUUUCAGCACAUGGAAUUUUUAGGGUAUAUUUGGUUUUGGAUGUUGAAGUUUGCCCGGAAAGGUUAAGGAUUAUAGUUGUCCGCGCUAAAUUUGAAUUUGGUGUUGUGUUUGUGCGCCCUAAAGGUUGGGUCUAAUCUUAUUUUUUUUUCAAGAUAAUCACCUAAUUUUAGUAGAACCGCGCUAAUAUUUCAUACUUGUUAUCGUUGUCGAAGACUGGGGAUUCCAGAUCCAGAUAAAAACAGUGGCACGAACAAAGUUAGUUGGUUGCUUAAUCCGACAUGACGGGUGAAUCCAUACCGACAGGUGAAUGUGCGGAUUGCCGGUAUUAGCUUGUAAACUGAUUAGAGAUGUCCCACGGUAGUUAACUGGCAAGAGUACAACAAAGAAAGAAAUAUUCAUACUCUUGUCAUAUUUUUCAAAAUUUAAUUGAAGGUUUCUUUCAUAUUUUUCAAAUUGAAGGUUUUCCCUCAAAUUUGGCUAGUUACCUGUCCUUGAAGUGGGAAUUGGUGGUUGGCUUUAUGAUAACAAAGGCAAAAACAUUUUAAAAUGUUGUCAAUUGUGCAACAGUUACUUUAGUUAGUGAUAGCAGUUUCCUAUUGCAGGAUGGAGGAAGAUUUCGAAUCAUUUGAUGCGUCCAAUUUGGAUUCGGAGCACUCUAGAGUGGUAGUACAUCUGGAUGUUGAUUGCUUCUAUGCGCAGGUUGAAAUGCUCAAAAACCCCCUCCUCACGACCAAACCUCUGGGCAUUAAACAAAAGAAUUACGUCAUCACAAGUAACUACAUUGCUAGGGAGUUUGGUGUGAAAAAGUGUAUGACUAUAACCGAAGCUAAGAAAGUGUGUCCAGAAUUGAUUCUAGUUAAUGGUGAAGACUUGACCCCAUACAAACAUAUUUCUUCCUUGAUUUCUGGUAUUUUGAAAACGUUUAGCCCCGUUGUUGAAAGGUCUGGAAUAGAUGAGGCGCAUGUCGAUGUCACCAAGUUGUGUUUGCAACGUUUGGAAUCUUUGAAUGGAAAAACAGUUGAACUGGUUGGCAAUUGUUUCGGAGAAGGUGUUGUUCAAAACUGCAAUUGUGGUUGUAUCGAUAGGUUGAAGAUGGGUUCAGUUAUUGCAAAAGAGAUGAGGGAUAAAGUGAAGAAUGAUUUGGGCCUCACAUGUUGCGCUGGAGUCGCUCACAACAAAUUGCUUGCCAAGUUGGCGUGUCGUGUUCACAAACCCAAUCAGCAGACCACCGUUUUCCCUUCGAGAUCAUUACAGUUGAUGCUCACUCAGAAAGAAUUGAAAUCGAUCCCAGGAAUAGGUCAUAAACUUGUGGAAACGUUGAACAGUAUUGGUGUUUCCUCUAUAGAAGACCUGCAAAGUUGUGAGUCAGGGUUGUUAGAGAAACAUUUCCCCAAACAUACAGCUUCUUGGUUGAAGGAUUCUAGUUUUGGAGUUGAUAAUUCCGAGGUGAAAGUCAGCGGUAAGCCUCAAAGUAUCAGUGUUGAGGAUGCGUUUAUAAAGUCGGUCACCAAUAUGGGUGUUGUACGCCAGAAGUAUACAAACUUGAUUAAAAAAUUGUUGAUUCAAGUAGAUGAGGAUGGAAGAAUACCGAAAACAAUUAAAGUAACGGUCAGAACUUAUAAUAAUGAAUUAAAAACUAAUAAUAGCCGGGAGUCGCGGCAACAACCGUCUGAUAAAUCCUGGUUUACUAGUUUGAAAAAUAAACCGGAUCGAGUGGAUAAGAUAUUGGAAACUGUAAUGAAGCUAUUUUCAAAAAUGGUGCCCAUGGAAAACUUUUUAUUAACGUUGGUGGGUGUAGGUUUUACAAAUUUCGGCGAUUCUAAUAAAUCAGUAUUGACAUUUUUCCACAAUCAGACUUCAAGUAGUGUCGAAUCUGAAAUAAGUGAAUGUUCGACUUCUGUUGAUACAAUUUCCAGUGACAGCCAAUCUCGUAAACGCUCUUUCCCGGAAACAAAAGAUUCAGAUCCUUCGUGUAGUAGUUCCAUAUCCGAAUCGAAUGUUGAAAACUUCUUGCAAUCAAAUGUAGGAGUAAAUGAACCUACUGACAGUGAUGUGAUACCUAGAUGCCCCGCUGUUGAUUUAUCAGUCUGGUGUGAAUUGCCUCUGGACAUUCGAAGAGAGAUAGUUUCAUCUUGUGCUUCACAUGAACAAUGCAAUCGUUUCAAUUUUAAACUCACUGAUACUCCUAAAAUACCUGUAUCAUUCAAAAAUUCUGAAACUCCGAAAGUACCUGUGCCAUUCAAAAAGUCUAAGAAAGAUUCCAAAUCUGUCAAACAGAAUUCUAUAAAAAAAUAUUUUUCCAAGUGAUAGUGAUAUUUUUGAGACUGGAACAUAAUAAGGUAUGAUCAUAGAUUUAAGCCCAGAUUAGCCUAGCCUAUUAUUAUCCUGUUUAUUUAGUCUGUAGUGUGAUCUGUUUGAUAUUUUUACACAUUUCCCCUGAAACAAUCUAUUGUUCUCAAUAUUCACCUUUUUUAAUCUAGUGACAAUUUAUUUUUCCAAAACCCUUCAAUUUCUACAUUUAAACAUUCUAAUACCAACAGUUGAAGUACAAUGUUGUUAAAUUUGUUAUUUUUUUAAUUUGAACAUUUGAAAAUUAUACUUUACCCCACUCAAUUAAGCCGGCUAUGUCAACGUGUGAGUGUUGUCAUGGUGUGCUAAAGGUGGGAACAUUAAUCAUACAAGUGUGUGUAUGGCUUUCAACUCUCGUGUUUGUAAGCCAAAGGGUUUAUCUUGUACAAUGUUUCUUCAUAGUUUUAUUAUUUUUAAUCAAAAAUUUCAUUUAUUAAAAAUUGCUCCAUUUAAAGGUGCGUACAAAUUUACGCGCCGCGAACACGACCAAUUCACUUUCCAUCAGCUGAUUAUAUCUGUAAUUGUACAGAAACGAUAAGAUACAGAUAGAAAAAGCUUGGCAUCAGCAGAUUAAAAAUGAAUUGCUCGUGUUCGCGGCGCGUAAAUCUGUACGCACCUUUAUAAUAACUCACGGCAAUCAAUCGAACACAUAUGAACUUGACUGACUACAUCGCUAUUUCAUUUAUUAAGAUCUGUGGUAAGCUGAAUUUUCAUGAAUGUUAAUUGAUCAAUUAAUAACAGACUGUUUGUUAGAUUUGCUUGAAACAAUAAUAUUUUACCCCAUUUAAUUAAGCCGGCCAGGUCAAUGUCUGAGUGUUGUCAUGGUGUGCUAAGGAUGGGAACAUUAAUUAUACGAGUGUGUGUAUGGUUUCAAACUUUAUGUUUGUCAUCCAAAGGGUUAUCUCGUACAAUCGUCGAUUAUUUUUUAUUUUUUUGAAAUGAUAUGAGUAGUUUUAUUGUCUGAAUUUUUUAAUAAAUAGCAUACUUCUUUGAGGAUAUUUAUUCAAUUUAAAAUACGGUACAUUAUAUGAAAGAAAAAUUAUACAUCUCAAAGAGUUUUUCAACUCAACGCCAAAACAAACCUCAUUUACUUAUGAUAGUGCUAUUGAUAAGGAUUGAUAACUUGAAAGUUGCAUACAAAAAUGCACAAUAAGAGAUUGAAGUUCAUUUUUUUAUCAUGUCCGAUAAAUGUUAUAUUUUCCUGGAUUGGUAAUUGAUACCUUGAAUCUUUUGUGAUUGAACUCUACCGAAUUUUCUAUAAAAAGGGGAAAAUAGAAUUCAAUUGAACGUAA